UGGAAUUUUCCAUCAUGGACGCCAUUCGCGGACGUUUAUUCUAACGUAGUCGGGUAGCCAGCAUCAUGAGUGAGCUGAAGGACUGCCCGCCUUUGAAGUACUACGACUUCAAGCCUGUGGAGCACGUCAAGGUGUGUCCCCGCUACACGGCCGUGCUGGGACGUUCGGAGGACGAUGGAAUCGGCAUCGAGGAGCUGGACACUUUGCAGCUGGAGCUGGAGACUCUCUUGUCCUCGGCCAACCGUCGCCUCAGAGCUCUGGAGGAGCAAAGACAGAUCCUCACAGACUGGCAGGACAAGAAGGGAGACAAGCGCUUCCUGAAGAUGGGAAAAGACCCAGACCCAGCGGCGUCCUCACGUCACAAGCCAAAGAAGCAGAAACUAGAUGGCAAAAGUAGUCACGGGCCAGGGCCAGGUCCUGGCAGGCCUAAAUCCAAAAACCUGCAACCUAAAGGCCAAGAAUAUGAAUUUACAGACGAUCCUCAAGAUAUUCCUCGCACGCCUAAGAACGACGUUCCCAACAGAUUCUGGGCUUCAGUUGAACCGUACUGCGCCGACAUAACAAAUGAGGAGAUUCGGUUGCUCGAGGAACUCCUAAAACCGCCGGACGAUGAAGCCGAGUACUUUAAAAUUCCAGCUUUGGGGAAACACUACUCACAGCGGUGGGCUCAGGAAGAUCUGCUGGAAGAGCAGAGAGAAGGAGCUCGGGCCAAUGACAAGAAGAAGGGUCUCUUGGGCGGUCCGCUGUCGGAGCUCGACGCAAAAGACGUGGACUCUUUGCUGAAGAAGUCGGAGUCCCAGCAUGAGUCUCCGGAAGACGGCUGCCCCUUUGGCCCGCUCACACAACGCCUCCUCCAGGCUCUUGUGGAGGAGAAUAUUAUAUCCCCUAUGGAGGAUUCUCCUAUACCGGACAUUUCAGGGAAGGAUGCUAACGAUGGAGCAGGGACAUCUCCUCGAAGCCAAGGGAAAUCUUUUAGCGCUCCUCACACACGUUCCCUCGAGGCUCGGAUCAAAGAAGAGCUGAUCGUCCAGGGAAUCCUGGAUUCCGAGGAGCGACCCGGUCCCGGCGGAGACUGCGAGGACGAGGUGCUGGUGGAGCUACAGAAGAGACAGGCGGAGCUCAAAGCUUUGAUUGCUCACAACAAAACCCGUAAGCAGGAGCUGCUCAGGUUGGCAAAAGAGGAGAUGCGGAAGCAAGAGCUAAGGCAGCGGGUCAGGGUUUCUGACAACGAGGUCAUGGAGGGAUUUCGGCGAAUCAUGGCAGCUAGACAGAAGAAGCGCACUCCGACCAAGAAGGAGAAAGACCAGGCGUGGAAAGCUCUGAAGGAGCGUGAAAGCAUUCUGAAGUUACUGGACGGUUGAAGGUACAUAAGUUGAUUUAAAAACUGCGCAAGGAAGACUUUUUUGACUACAGAUGCACACUGCUGCAUGGGCGAUUCGCAAAGAUGGAUCUCCCUACAGGUGGCAUUUGAGGAGGGGCAUUUCUGUCGUUCUUUUUCAAUGGUAUGCAUUUAGUGAAGCUGUCUAAGUUGUUUAAGACGCCCUUUUUGUCUGUUGUGUUAUCAUAAAAAAGAGUGUUUGUAUAAAAUGGUGACCAAAUUAAAAUCUGUUGUAAUAAAACA